AUGGUGACGUCCCGAGUCCAAGUGGCUGACCCCGUAGGCCUCAUGGCAUUAUCCAAUGUAAAAGCCGUCGGCUUUACGCGGCGUCUCGGUACCGGCUCGAUGGUCGGCGACUCAAGGUGCGGGGGUUCCGGUCAAGUCGGUGGUGACGACAACUCGUCGGUGAUUGCGGGCGAGUGGACUGGCUGGGGAGAGAGAAGUACCGAAGGCGUCGGAUGGAGCUGGUCGUCCGACGCGCCCUGGCAGACGGAAACGGGCAUCAGCUGCCGCGUCUUCGACGACGACGACGGCGACGAGACCGACGUCGAGUACGGGGCGCUUCUGCCAGUCCAGCAACAGGAGUGUCAUGACGAUCGUCUGCCGUUCCCCGUCAAUCCAACACACGCUAUAUACACCAUCCCGAGAUCGGACCCCAUUCGUCUGGCCAAGUCCCAAGCGUUCCAUCCCGGGUGCACCGCCGUCCUCACCAAGUCUUCCGAGUCGGCCCAGUUCGGUAGGUAUAUCCCAGUCAUCUUCGCAGCCCAGACGACGGAGACGUUCGUCCCGACCUGA